AUGAGACGCGAUGCAAGUAUAAGUUUCGAAGCUCUUGAUUACGCUGCUGAGCAAUACGUCGACAGCAAGCAUCCCAACUCGUUUUGUACUCGAUGCGAUCGUGCCUUUCGCUCCUGCCAGGCUAGGCAGCAACACUUCUACGCUUCAAGUCAACACCACAUCUGUGUCAAAUGUCCCCGAAAGCCUGAUUUCUUGUUGCUGCAGGGUCUUGACAGCCAUUUAACCAAGGUUCACCACUAUUGUCGACCUUGCGAAAGGGGUUUCGACAAAGCAGGUGACCUGGUAAAACACGAUGUUGCAGUACAUAACCUAUGUACGAGUUGUGGAAAUUAUUACGAUUCGCCCAACAAUCUGAAGAAUCAUCAAUUAACUCAUCUCGAGAGGACUGUCGAAUGCGCAGGAUGUGCGGGCAAGUUCGUCCGGUCCUCAGCUAUGGUCCUACACCUCGAAGCAGGAACUUGCCCCUCAGGUUGCGAUAGCGAUAGAGUGGAUCAAGUCGCCUUCGAUUGUUAUCAAUCCCGGCACUACGUAGCUGACGAGGAUUCGGACUUCGAAUACCGUUGUCGGGGCUGUGAUGCUGAGUUUUAUUACAUCAGUGGUCUGUUGCAGCAUGCUGAAAGCGAUGCUUGUGGCGAGGGUCUUCACCCAAGUCAACCCCUGGGCAAGUUCCUCCAGUACCUAAGAAGCCGAAUCUGAGAGAAACGGCAGGUUUAUGCUGCGAGAGAGCCUCCGACUGUUCGCAAUGAAGGACUCUUCACUAGCAUACGCAGCCCAGAUUGGGAGGAGUUAUGGUAGUGCGGGCGAUCUCGAAUCGUCGUCAGAUUUUAAAUCACUUCUAUCAUGAUUGAGUCUUCAUAUAUACUGGUCGGUUAGCCGCCUGAGUCUUUGGAAACCGCGUCAGUAUGAUGUGCAAUAUACCGGCCAUGUUCUAGAGCGAUGUUAACCUUGAUGAAUGUCAAGCUUUGGG